AGCGCAAAGUGUCCUAGUUGUGAAUUUUUUGCUCCCCCCACCAUUUCUUCUCCUCCUCCUUCUCCCAGCCUUACGGUGGGCAUUUCUGCGCAGAAUUUUCUUGAAAGGAACUGCCCUUUUUCUUCACGCACACCCGAACUUAACUCGAAAAAGUACGAAGUUGCGACACCGCGCUCCGCUUGUUGCCAAUCGCAGGUCGACAGGUUCGUUGGGUUUCCUCUGCGCCACACGCACUUCUGUUUAUUAACGGUGUGCCAGCACUACGCCCUCCUUAACCUAAAGCUCUUGGCUGAAAAGCUGCUCAUUAAAACAGCGAGAAAUAAACCCGUGAGACCGCGUCUGUGAGUUGAAGUGCAAAGGAGAAGACAUGAGUCGCGCGGCGAGUUUCUACUCCGCGCUUUUCGUUCUGCUGGUGUGGCGCGUGGAGGAGAGAGCCGAGGCUUGCAGUUGCUCCCCGAUUCACCCGCAGCAGGCUUUUUGCAAUGCAGAUGUAGUGAUAAGAGCAAAAGUUGUAGCUGGAAAAGAGACGGAUUCUGGUAAUGACAUCUACGGCAAUCCCAUUAAGAGAAUCCAGUAUGAGAUCAAGCAAAUUAAGAUGUUCAAGGGCCCUAACAAGGAUAUUGAGGCUGUAUUCACAGCACCUUCUUCUGCAGUAUGCGGUGUGACACUGGAGACCAAUGGUAAAAAGGAAUACCUCAUUGCAGGAAAGUUAGAAAGUGAUGGCAAAAUGCAUGUGACUUUAUGUGACUUUAUUGUCCCUUGGGAUACUCUGACUGCUACCCAGAAAAAGAGCUUAAAUCAGCGCUACCAGAUGGGUUGUGAGUGCAAGAUUUCUCGCUGUCCAUCCAUCCCUUGUGUGAUCACAGCCCCAGAUGAAUGCCUGUGGACAGAUUGGGUGACGGAGAAGAAUAUCAAUGGUCGUCAGGCCAAACACUAUGCUUGUAUAAAGAGAAGUGAUGGAUCAUGUGCAUGGUACCGUGGGGUUGCCCCACCAAAGAAGGAGUUCCUAGACAUUGAGGAUCCUUAAACUAGCAUACUCUGCCAGCCACCCUAUAGAAAUGCCUGCAACUCCAAAAUGAUUCAAUGAAAAAAAGUGUAUACAGAAAAACAUAAUAGACUGGUCUUGUGAUGAUGUCAUUUCCCUGCUGCGGUAAAGCGUGGCAAAAUAUGAGGGCCAAUCCUGUAAAGAGAGCACUUUUCUGCCCCUAAAGCUCUUAA